GCAGAAAAAAAAAACCAGAAAAAAAGAAAAGAACUUUUGUGAAAAAAUUAAGAAAAUGUUGGCUUCCUGGACAAGAUUAGCAAAGGCUUGCGCCAAAAAUGGCCUAAAAGUUGGCCAGAUUCGUAAUCCAGUUGGGAGCCUUCUAAAGUCUCCACGACAUGCCAGGGGCUUGCACUCAUCCUUGGCCUUGUGGGAUGACAAGGACAAGGGUGAUGUUUGCAAACCGGAACCGGUGGAAUGCAAGCCGGAACCCAAGGAAUGCAAGCCGGAACCGAAAGAUGAAUGCGAAGAUGAGGGCGCUGGAGCCGCCAAAGGAGGUGGAGAGGGCGACAAAAACAAGCCCGAGGGCAAAGGUCGUGAGGGCUAUAUCCACGCUGUGAUUGGACCAGUUAUUGAUGUCUAUUUUCCGGAUGAGCUCCCCGAGGUGCUCAAUGCCAUGGAGGUGAUUGAUGCUCCGAUUGGUCGGCUGGUGUUGGAGGUAUUCCAUCACUUGGGUAACAAUACUGUACGUUGCGUGGCCAUGGACUCCACAGAGGGGCUGCGUCGUGGCCAGAAAGUCAUCGAUACCGGCUAUCCGAUCCGUGUGGCCGUGGGCAAGUCGGUGCUAGGACGCAUCCUGAAUGUUGUGGGCGAUCCCAUCGAUGAUCGUGAGCCCAUUAAGUCGGAAUUCUAUUCCUUCAUCCACAACGAAGCCCCAGAGCUCACCGACUUGACCGUAAAGCCGGAAAUCUUGGUCACCGGGAUUAAGGUCAUUGAUCUCCUGGCUCCGUAUGUGAAAGGUGGCAAGAUUGGACUCUUUGGAGGAGCGGGAGUCGGCAAGACGGUGCUCAUCAUGGAGCUCAUCAACAACAUUGCCAAAUCCCAUGGUGGAUACUCUGUGUUUGUGGGUGCCGGAGAACGUACCCGUGAGGGCAAUGAUCUCUACCACGAAAUGAUUGAAUCGAAGGUCAUCUCCCUGGAAGAUGACACCUCCAAGGUGGUGCUGGUCUUUGGCCAGAUGAAUGAGCCCCCCGGUGCUCGCUCCCGUGUGGUGCUUACGGGACUGACGAUUGCCGAGUAUUUCCGCGACAUGGAUGGCCAGGACGUACUCCUCUUCAUAGACAACAUUUUCCGCUUCACCCAGGCGGGCUCGGAGGUGUCGGCUCUGCUGGGUCGCAUCCCCUCGGCCGUGGGCUAUCAACCAACUCUGGGCACUGACAUGGGCACCAUGCAGGAGCGGAUCACCAGCACCCGUAAUGGCUCUAUCACCUCAGUCCAGGCCGUCUACGUGCCGGCUGAUGAUCUCAGCGAUCCUGCUCCGGCUGCUACUUUUUCGCAUCUGGACGCCACAACUGUACUGUCGCGUCCCAUCGCCGAGCUGGGCAUUUAUCCGGCUGUGGACCCUCUGGAUUCCUCAUCUCGCAUCCUGGAUCCCGAUAUCGUUGGCGAGGAGCACUACAACGUCGCCCGAGCGGUCCAGAAAACCCUUCAGAGCUACAAGUCGCUUCAGGACAUCAUUGCCAUUCUGGGAAUGGACGAGUUGUCCGAGGAGGAUAAGCUAACGGUGGCCCGUGCCCGUAAGAUGCAACGCUUCCUAUCGCAGCCGUUCCAGGUGGCCGAAAUCUUUACCGGCCAUCCAGGAAAGCUGGUGCCUGUGGAGAAGUGCGUCGAAGGUUUCAAGAGAUUGCUCAAUGGAGACUAUGAUGACAUUCCCGAGAUCGCCUUCUAUAUGGUGGGGGAUGUGGAGGAUGUCCUGGCCAAGGCCAGCCAGUUGGCUGCCAGCAUGGCACCGGACGCCCCGGCGGCCAAGCCCGCGGAAGCUAAGAAGGAUGACAAGAAAGAGGAUAAAAAGGAAGAGCCCAAAAAGGAGGAACCCAAAAAGGACGACAAGAAGAAGGAUGAUAAGUAA